AGGGUUGAUGAAACUUUGGGAAUCUUCAGUUCUUCCUAUUCCACCCUUUUGACAGGGUAUUGCUACCUUCCUCUAACACCAAGCCCACCACCAACAACCAACCCAGAAUGCCAUAACAUUCCAACAAUUAAAUAAACACAAAAUAAAAAAGUCAUUUUUUUUGUUCCGUGUAGCUUUUUGGAGCUGGAUUCUCCUUGAAUUCUUCGUUUGACUAGUUUUUGUUUCUGGGUUUGUUUGAUCUUUUCAAAGGUUUCCAGCUCUUGCCUGCUGCCAAUAAUUGUUCAUACCAAAAACUGCCUUCUUGCUGCUCGUGUUUACCUUUUGCUCGGUUAAGUGGGAUGUGGAGAGAUCCGGGAGUUUCAGCUGAUUCUUUCUAUGAAAUCCGCCCGGAAUGUACCGAUGUUCCUAUUUCUCGAUUUAAAAUCAAGGGAGUCCAUCCAUCUAUUAGGGGAGAAGUUUGGGAAUUUCUACUUGGUUGCUAUGACCCCAAAAGUACAUUUGAGGAAAGAGAUCAGAUAAGACACCGCAGAAGAAUGCAAUAUGCUACACUUAAAGAAGAAUGCCGCCAAUUGUUUCCUCUUAUUGGAAGUGGUAGAUUUGUCACAGCACCUGUUGUUACUGAAGAUGGUCUUCCAAUUCAAGAUCCAUUGGUUCUGAAAGAAACAAAUUCAGCCAAGGGAUUGGAUGUACAUCAUCAAGAUAAUAAUAAUCAUUCAAGUAGGAUUGCUACAAAUAGUUUACAGAAGGUGACAGACAAGAUAGUAGUCCAGUGGCUGUUAACUCUUCAUCAAAUAGGUCUUGAUGUGGUUCGCACUGAUAGGACAUUAGUUUUUUAUGAGAAGCAAGAAAACCUGUCAAAAUUAUGGGAUGUACUAGCUGUUUAUGCUUGGGUAGAUAAAGACGUUGGCUAUGGUCAAGGAAUGUGUGACCUAUGCUCCCCUAUGAUAAUUCUUCUUGAUGAUGAAGCAGAUGCAUUUUGGUGCUUUGAGCGUCUGAUGCGCAGGCUUCGCGGCAAUUUUAGAUGCACUGAGAGCUCUGUUGGGGUGACAUCUCAACUAAAUGUGUUGGCUUCAGUUACUCAAGUAAUUGAUCCAAAACUUCAUAACCAUUUAGACAAUCUUGGUGGAGGUGACUAUCUGUUUGCUUUUCGAAUGCUAAUGGUUUUGUUUCGUCGAGAAUUCUCCUUUUGUGAUUCAUUGUAUCUUUGGGAGAUGAUGUGGGCCUUGGAAUAUGAUCCUGACUUGUUCUUGAUGUAUGAAAUGCCUGAAUCAGCUUCUGAAAAAGCUGUGGGCUCAAAAGGGAAAUCAAAGUCAAUACGUCAAUGUGGAAAGUAUGAGAGAGAAUUUUUGAAGAGUGGAUCAAAGAAUGCUUCUCAAGCUCCUCUUCCUAUAUCUGUUUUCCUUGUUGCUAGUGUUUUGAAAGAUAAAAGUUCAAAACUACUCCAAGAAGCACGGGGUUUGGAUGAUGUUGUCAAGAUCUUGAACGACAUAACUGGGAAUCUAGACGCCAAAAAAGCUUGCAAUGGGGCUAUGAAACUUCAUAAGAAAUAUUUGAAAAAGGCCAAGAAACCCUAGCACCAAAUACAUCUAUAUAUUCACUGAUUCUUUGUAAUGUGUUGUAUGAUACAUUUGUCUCAUUCGCCACGAGGGAGGUAAUAAUGGAGAACAUUAGGAGUUUACAGAAUUGGAAAAAGGGAUUCAAAUAUCCAACCAUCAAAAUCCCUGAGCAACUGUUGUAUGUGAAAUCAAUUUGAUUUUUCUUUUUUCUUGUGUAUCCGAAAGAAGUGAGAUUGUAUAUGAAAAUAGAAUUUUUCUGUAGAACUGUCUAUUUUGUUGGACUUAGUUAUUGCAUAUGGGAAAACAAGGUAUAUGAAACAGCCAUUCUUUCUACUA